ACAGCAGGUAUGCUUGGUUUGCUACGGGUCCCGGCGGCCUUAAGCCGAUCUGGAUCCUAGCGCCGGUAACGGGUCGGAUUUCCGGGUCGUUACAUUCAGCCCUUACUGAUGGACCAACUAAAGUUGGGAUGGAAGCUUAUUGUCUCUUAAGAUGGAAAGCCAGUCUCGACAACCAAAGCCAAUCUGUUUUAGAUUCUUGGGUUGGCAGGGGACCUUGCAAAUGGAUUGGGGUCACUUGUGAUAGCUUUGGAAGUAUCACCAUUUUGAGCCUCAUUAAUUUAGGCUUAAGAGGUACGCUUCACAGUUUCAAUUUUUCAUGCUUUCCCAACCUUACACGUCUUGAGAUUCGGAACAAUUCAUUGCAUGGUACCCUUCCAUCGCAAAUCUCUAAUCUCUCCAAAAUUACAUACUUGAACUUACAUGGUAAUCAUCUCACAGGAAACAUUCCAUCGGAGAUUGGUAUGCUAAGUACUCUUUCUGAGCUCUAUUUAUCAAGAAACAAUUUCACUGGUUUAAUCCCUACUUCCAUGACAAAGUUGGAAAAUCUAUCCAUUUUGUACUUGUGGGCAAAUAAACUCUCAGGUUCCAUACCUUCAGAAAUUGGAUUCUUAAAAUCUUUAAAAGAACUUGACCUGUCGAUUAACAAUCUCACCGGUGCAAUCCCUUCUUCUAUUGGACACUUGAGAAAUUUAUCACGUCUUGGACUUCUUCUAAAUAAACUCUCAGGAUCCCUGCCUUUGGAAUUCAAUAAUCUUACCCGUUUGAAGUCAUUGGAACUAGGUGAGAAUGGAUUCACCGGUCAUUUGCCAGAAGAUGUAUGCCUUGGAGGGUUACUUGAAAAUUUCGCUCCUGCCUUCAAUCAUUUCUCAGGUUCCAUCCCAAAAACUUUGAGAAACUGUACUAGCUUAUUCAGGCUUAGGCUAGAUUGGAAUCAAUUAACAGGGAACAUUUCAGAGCAAUUAGGGAUAUAUCCACAUUUGGAUUAUAUGGAUUUGAGUAACAAUAGAUUCCAUGGAGAGAUUCCACGGAAAUUGGGUCAGUGGAAAAACAUCACAAGCCUAAAAUUUUCAAACAACAAUAUCUCUGGUAGCAUACCGCUCGAGCUUGGAAAUGCCACUCAGUUACAUCUGAUUGACCUUUCCUGGAAUCAUUUGCAAGGGCAAGUUCCUAAAGAAUUGGCAAAGUUGAAGCUGUUGAUCAAACUUUGCCUUAAUAACAACAAUCUUUUUGGCGUUGUUCCUUUAGAUUUCAAGGUACUAUCUAAUCUGGAUCAUCUUAAUUUAGCAGCAAAUAACCUAAGUGGUCCAAUUCCUGGACAACUCGGAGAACUUUCAAAUUUAUUGAUCUUGAAUUUGAGUCGCAAUGAAUUUACAGCAGGUAUUCCAUUUGAGUUGGGGAAUCUACAUUUUCUACAAGUUCUGGAUCUUAGUCACAAUUUGUUGAUGGGAAAUAUACCACAACAACUUGGACAAUUAAGAACUCUAGAAGUGUUGAAUCUCUCAAAUAACAUGCUCUCUGGUUCGAUACCAACCACUUUUGAUAAUUUAUGGGGCUUGACUGUUGUGGAUAUAUCCUACAAUGAGUUAGAAGGUUCUAUUCCUGACGUUAAAGCCUUUCGUGAAGCUCCAUUUGAGGUAUAUAGAAACAAUAAAGGCUUAUGUGGCAAUGCCAGUAGUUUAAAGGCUUGUACAUCUAUCAAGAGUGGUAAAACCAGUCGGGCAAAGAGAAAAAAGGUUGUUAUUGUGAUUGUACUUCCUGUUUUGGCGGCUCUGUUUCUAGUAUUCUUAAUUGGAGGUCUCUUGAUUCUUCUCCCACUUAGAAGAAGACAAGCCCAAUCAAGGGAAUUACAAGAUAAGGAUAUAUUGGUAAUACCAGGUCAUGAUCAGGAAUUACAAUAUGAAACGAUCAUUGACGCCACUGAGAAUUUCAACUCUAACUAUUGCAUUGGAGUUGGCGGAUGUGGAGUUGUUUAUAAAGCUGUGCUGCCAUCAGGUCGAGUGUUUGCUGUGAAAAAACUUCAUUCAUUACAGGAGUCUGACAAGUCAAAGAACUUGAAAGCCUUUGAAAGAGAGAUUCAAGUGCUGUUAGAAAUUCGGCAUCGCAAUAUUGUGAAGCUACAUGGUUUUUGUUCACAUUCAAAAGACUCUUUUCUGGUUUACGAGUUCGUGGAAAAGGGUAGCUUGAGAAGCAUUUUAAACAGUGAUGAGGAAGCAGCAGAAUUGGAUUGGAUUAAAAGGCAGAAUAUUGUCAAAGGUGUAGCUAAUGCUUUAUCUUAUAUGCACCAUAACUGCCCUUUUCCGAUCAUUCAUCGAGACAUUUCAAGCAACAAUAUUCUUUUGGAUUCAGAAUACGAACCUCGUAUAUCUGAUUUUGGUACAGCUAGGCUUUUAUUGUCGGACUCUUCCAACAAAGCCUCAUUUGCUGGGACCUUUGGAUACACAGCUCCUGAACUAGCCUACACAAUGCAAGUGAAUGAAAAAUGUGAUGUCUAUAGUUUUGGAGUGAUAGCACUGGAGUUGGUAAUGGGAACACAUCCAUGUAAUCUCAUCUCAUCUCUUUGGUCAUCAAUAUCUUCGUCGCCAUUGUCAUCAUCAGAUGAUCAUGAUAAAUUGUUGAAGGAUGUGAUAGACCAGCGUCUUCUGCUUCCUCAAAAUCAAGUUGCAGAGAGUUUAGUCUACAUUACCAUGUUAGCAUUUUCAUGCUUGCAUCUCAAUCCCAAAUCUCGGCCAACAAUGCAACAAAUUUCUUCAAAGUUGACAUCUAAGCAUCCUCUGGUUUCAAAGUCAUUCUCCACAAUAAAAUUAGAAGAACUACUUUCCAACAAUAUUGCCAACAUUUGAAUAAAUUUGUAAGUUUGUAGAGCUUUACUUUGUAUAUUUGCUAAUAGAUCUAUGUACUAGGUUGUCACCCUCCUUUCCGGAGGUUUUGAUUUUUAGUUUGUCUUUUUGAUUUUUUUUUUCUGUAUGCAU